AUGCGGAGGGUCUGGCUUGACAUACCGUGGGCGCCUAAUGAGUGCUCACUGACCGACCGGCGUUCUUCCUCUGACUCUAGUCAGAAGUUAGUUUGGAGUGCCACGGAGACCUCCAUUUUAGAGGAAUACAAUAUUAAUUGGACUCAGAAAUUGGGAGCUGGAAUUAGUGGUCCAGUUAGGGUCUGUGUGAAAAAAUCUACCCAAGAACGGUUUGCACUGAAAAUUCUUCUUGAUCGUCCAAAAGCUCGGAAUGAGGUACGUCUGCACAUGAUGUGUGCAACACACCCAAAUAUUGUGCAGAUUAUUGAAGUAUACGCUAACAGUGUGCAGUUUCCUCAUGAGUCCAGCCCAAGGGCUCGACUCCUAAUUGUAAUGGAGAUGAUGGAAGGGGGAGAGCUAUUUCACAGAAUCAGCCAGCACCGGCACUUUACAGAGAAGCAAGCCAGCCAAGUAACAAAGCAGAUAGCUUUGGCUUUGCAGCACUGUCACUUACUAAACAUUGCACACAGAGACCUCAAGCCUGAGAAUCUGCUCUUCAAGGAUAACUCUUUGGAUGCUCCAGUUAAGUUGUGUGACUUUGGAUUUGCCAAAAUUGACCAAGGGGACUUGAUGACGCCACAAUUCACCCCUUACUACGUAGCACCUCAGGUAUUGGAGGCACAAAGAAGGCAUCAAAAAGAGAAGUCUGGGAUUAUACCUACCUCGCCCACACCCUACACUUAUAACAAGAGCUGUGACUUGUGGUCCUUGGGGGUGAUCAUUUAUGUGAUGCUGUGCGGCUACCCACCUUUUUACUCCAAACACCACAGCCGGACAAUUCCAAAGGACAUGCGGAGAAAGAUCAUGACAGGAAGCUUUGAGUUUCCUGAGGAAGAAUGGAGCCAAAUCUCAGAGAUGGCCAAAGACAUUGUGAGAAAAUUGCUGAAGGUCAAGCCAGAGGAGCGGCUUACCAUUGAGGGGGUGUUGGACCACCCAUGGCUAAACUCUGAUGAAGCUCUGGACAACGUGCUGCCAUCUGCCCAGCUGAUGAUGGACAAGGCAGUAGUUGCUGGAAUCCAACAGGCUCACGCAGAACAGCUGGCCAACAUGAGAAUCCAGGACCUCAAAGUCAGCCUCAAACCCCUGCACUCUGUAAAUAAUCCCAUUCUCAGAAAGAGGAAAUUGCUUGGCACAAAGCCGAAGGAUGGUGUCUAUAUUCACGACCCAGAGAAUGGAACAGAGGACUCCAAUGUGGCACUGGAGAAGCUACGAGAUGUCAUUGCUCAGUGUAUUCUGCCCCAGGCUGGAGAGAACGAAGACGAGAAGCUGAAUGAGGUGAUGCAGGAGGCGUGGAAGUACAACCGGGAAUGCAAGCUCCUCCGGGACACCUUGCAGAGCUUCAGCUGGAAUGGCCGUGGAUUCACAGAUAAAGUGGAUCGACUAAAAUUGGCAGAAAUUGUGAAACAAGUGAUUGCAGAACAGACCGCCUCUCAUGAGUCCCAAUAGCCACAGCCUCAGAGCAUUAGUUUGUUUUUGUUUUGUUUUUUACAUUUUGAAAAUUUAUUCCUUAACUGUACAAAGUAAUUUUUAUGUAAAUUAAUAAAUCAUAAUUUCAUUAAAUUUCCAUACUGCUGAAAGAUGCUGUAUAGGUGUAGAUACAAGAA